GUGUAGUUUACCAUCAUUGGCCAAACGACACGUGGCAAUCGCACGCCUGAAACACGCGGCAAAUAUGGGCCGAAACUCACAUGAAGUUCGCUUUUUUAUUCUUGUGGUCACUCCAAGCAAAGAGAAGGGAACGAAGAAUGCGUUAGAAACGGGCCGAACGUUCGCCACGAUAUUCGCGGACAUGGAUUUCAGGCAACGGCUGCUCGACGUUCACGGAGAGCCUGAGUUUAAGGGCAUUCUUCUGAAACACGCACAGGACUUGGCAUCCGAGCAAAGCAACCCAACCCGACGACUAGGCAAUCACGAACCCGACCUUGAAUUUGAGUUGUAUCGACUGUUGACACGAAUCCCUUUCCGAGACUGUUAUCAGAUAAUUGAGACCUUAUUUAAAGAGAGACUAAGCACUGGAUGUUUAACAGCAAAAAAAAGGAACAGAGAUGUCGAUUUGCUCAAGGUCUUUGCGAAGACUUACGGAGGCGAGUGUCCCACUAUAUUAGUGAUUAUAUUGACGUUA